UGCGGUUGCUCAAUCUCCUCCCUCAAACACUAUAAUUUCCCUCAUUUCUACUUGUUUUACCCAGUGUCUGCUUUGUCUUGCCUUGCUCUUAAUCAAUUCUGGUUUUGACUUUUGAUAUGUCCGCUAUCAAUUGCCUAAUGUUAUCUCACAACGCAGACACAGGGCAAAUGGCGGCGGCAACCAAAUCGGAAGGCGAGGGUGGUGCCGGGGCUGUUCCCAAGAUAGUAUGGAACGAAAGGCAGCACAAGUUCGAGACGGAGGAUAAGGAGGCGUAUAUACAGUACGUGCUGAGAAACGAUGAUAAGGUGAUGGAUUUGAUCCACACUUUUGUACCGUCUUCCAAGAGGGGUUUGGGCUUGGCCUCUCACCUCUGCGUUUCGGCCUUUCAACACGCCCAGUCCCAUUCCUUAUUGGUCAUUCCCACCUGUUCUUAUGUCUCUGACACGUUUGUUCCCAGGAACCCAUCUUGGAAGUCUGUCUUGUACACGGAAGGGGGGAAAUCCAAUAUCUGAACUUGAGAACCAUCUGGCUUUGAAAUAAAUGUCUAGGCUUUUUAUGAAAGCCCUGAACGUCAGUUCUGAAGUGAUUAUGUUACGGAUCAAACUGUAGAAAGUAUCGUGUUUGGACAUCAUGUAGAUGUUGGGGCGUUGAAAUUAACAACCCGGGGUCUAUUAUGUGGUAAAAUUUGUGUUGUUGAGCA